GCCUGUCGAGUCUAUCAGAGCAGUGUGUUAACUCUGCUUGUCGGUGCGUUUUCCUUGGGACUAACAACUAAAAACAUGCUGUCAUUCACUCUCAAGCAACUCACAAGGCCACUGUGCCAGCGAGCCCCUGUUCAUCUCGGCAUACGUCUGCAGCAGUCCCACGCAGCCACCCAUGCAGCAGAUGAAGACCGCCCCUGGACUGGUCAGGAGAGCCUGGCUGAGGAUGACCCUGAAAUGUGGGCUCUGCUGCGGAAGGAGAAAGACCGACAGUGUCGUGGUUUGGAGCUAAUCGCAUCUGAGAAUUUCUGCAGUCGAGCAGCUCUGGAAGCUCAGGGUUCCUGUCUGAACAACAAAUAUUCAGAGGGCUACCCAGGGAAAAGGUACUACGGUGGAGCAGAGGUGGUUGACCAAAUCGAGCUUCUGUGUCAGAAACGAGCUCUGGAGGCCUUCGACCUGAACCCAGAAAUGUGGGGUGCCAACGUCCAGCCGUAUUCUGGUUCUCCCGCUAACUUUGCUGCCUACACCGCCGUGCUCAAGCCCCAUGAACGUCUCAUGGGCUUAGACCUGCCUGAUGGAGGACAUCUGACACAUGGUUACAUGUCUGAUGUGAAGAGGAUCUCUGCAACCUCAAUCUAUUUUGAGUCUAUGCCCUACAAGUUAAAUCCUGCAACGGGACUCAUAGACUACGAGCAGAUGGAGAUGACAGCCAAGCUGUUCCGGCCCAAGCUCAUCAUUGCUGGCACCAGCGCCUAUGCUCGCCUCAUUGACUAUGCCCGCAUCAAGAAGCUGUGCACAGAAAUAAAUGCGUACUUGCUGGCUGACAUGGCACAUAUUAGUGGUUUGGUGGCAGCCAAAGCAAUCCCUUCCCCCUUUGAACAUGCUGACCUGGUCACUACCACCACACACAAGUCCCUCAGAGGAGCAAGGGCUGGCCUCAUCUUUUAUCGUAAAGGUGUUCGCUCAGUGGACAAGAAAGGAAAGGAAAUCAUGUACGACCUGGAAGACAAAGUCAACUUUUCAGUGUUCCCCUCCCUCCAAGGUGGACCUCACAACCAUGCCAUUGCUGGUGUAGCUGUGGCUUUAAAGCAGGCACAAGCUCCCAUGUUCAGAGAUUAUAUUGCCCAGGUACUCAAGAACUCCAAGGCCAUGGCUUCAGCUCUUCUCAGUAAAGGCUACACACUGGUAUCAGGUGGGACCGACAACCACCUGGUUCUGGUGGACCUGCGGCCUAAAGGCAUCGAUGGGGCUCGAGCUGAGAGGGUGCUUGAGCUCGUGUCCAUCACCGCCAACAAGAACACGUGUCCUGGGGACAAGAGUGCCCUGACCCCUGGUGGCCUCAGGCUGGGUGCUCCAGCUUUGACUUCCAGACAGUUCAAGGAAGAUGAUUUUGUCAAAGUUGUUGAGUUCAUGGAUGAAGGUUUCAAAAUAGCUUUAGACGUCAAAAAGAAGACAGGAAAGCUCCAGGACUUUAAGAACUUCCUUCUCGAGGACCCAGAGACGGUGGCUCGUAUCGCCGAUCUGCGGCACCGGGUUGAGGCUUUUGCCAGGCCGUUCCCCAUGCCUGGGUUCCCCGACCAUUAGGCCAGCCAGCAUGGAGUCACAGCUCUGUGACAGCCAGGUGGCAGACAGCUGGCUGGGCAGACGUGUGCACAGUGAAAAUGGAAAAAUGUCAUGGUAGUGAAAUGUGGAUGGUGCCUGAGAAUUGGAACGACUCAAGUUCACUUUUCCAGUCAGAUCUAGGUAACCACUUUUUUUAUAUAACUUCUUUGCUGUCAAUCACAAGUCUAUUCUUGUAAAAUCAUGUAUUUCAGUUUGAGGUAAAUAAACAAAUAAAAAAGGAGUGAUGACAGAUUUUGCACAGCAGAAGAACCCUGUUAUCUGUGUUGUGUGAAGAUUAUUCUCAGCUGUCUUCACACUACUCAUUUAAGGCAAGCGUGAAGAAAAAGAAAACGUCAAAUCAAAGAAAGACCAACAUUUUAUCUCAGUUUCUUGACUUUUCUAAGUGAAAAAUAUUAGCUUUAGGACACAUGCAGAGUCUUAAUUUUUCUAAAGAUUCCUAACCAGCUUCACUCCUCAUUGUGUUCACAGUAAGAUUUGUAGAUGACAGUUGGAUCCGAGGUGGUUUUGUCCAAAUGUGAACUUGCAUUUUUUUUAUUUUUAGAGAUUGAGGGACCAGUUUAAAAUAUAAUCAGUUUAUUAAACAGGUAAGAUUAAACAGAAUGUGGACUAAAUAUAAUUUAUUUACUUCAAUACACUACAGGUCAUGCUCAAAUGAAAUGUUUGGAUUUUAUUUGAAGUAUUAUUAUUAGACGCCAUCAUGUUUAGUCAAAUUUUGUAACAUAACACCAUUUCAGCAUGUUGUAGAUGUCAUAUUGUAUUUGCUUUUUAUUUUUCUAAGACAAUGUUAUGAAUGGAAAAACAUAAAUGUUACCUUCUGAUAAUUCUUGCUUUCCGUUCAUUUUGUUUACAAUAAGAAUAUAAUUUUUAAAACAUUUUAAAAAACUGUAUUAAUUUCCAGAAUUUCAAAUCAUCUUACAAGAGCAUGUUUAUUUGUUCAAAAGCUAUUUACUGCAGUAUGUCUAAUAUGACUUUUUAAGGUAUUCUUUAAUUAUUAAAACAUUAAAACACAAACAUUUUAAUGUUCGUGUUUUAGUUUAGCUGGUUGACAGUUUGACUCCUCAUCACUGCAUCAGUGAAGGAGGAAGAUUUGUUUGUAAAAUAGUCUGAGCAGCACAAUUAAGAAAUAAAAUUAAGUAAGGGGGUUUGCAAAGUAAAUCUAAACUAGUUCAUUUACAUUUUCGACAUUCAGUUUUAUUAAAAUGUACCUGUCAGUAUUUUUGCUAUGAUGUUCAUUCAUGUACUGUUGUACACUGCAACAAUUUCAAACUGUUUUACAGAAGAUUUAAUUAAUUUUAUUAACAUAGUCCUAAUAAAAUUUAAUCAUGCAAUAAA